AUGCUCCUCAAGUUUAGUUUGCCAAGCUAAUUUAAGCCACAGAAGAACACAAAGCAUCACACUUGAGAGAGGAGAAGUACAGCACGGUUGGGUUUCUUUUUUAUGUUAUUCUUAAACAAAAACACUUUGCUUCUUUUGUAAAGCAGCUAAUAAUAACAGUGGCUUACCAAACAUUCUCCUUUAACGGUCAUUUAAAAGUAACCGUGCCGCCGUUAUUUACCUGUAGCAAUAACGCCAUUAGCACGACUCUACUGCCAGCCGCUACUUGAGAUACAUCUGAAAGCAAAACACCUUGGAAGUCAUUAAAGUUGUCGGUUUUGUGUUGGUCCGUGGCCGAGAAUGUACCGACCGAAACCAAGUCUGAAAGACCGGCAGCACCUGUACAGGCUAAUCGUUAGCCAGUUGCUACACGACGGCUACACCAGCAUCGCCAACAACCUCAUCAAUGAGGUCAAACCUCAAGGUGUGGUGGCGCCGUCCGAGCAGCUCAUGCACCUGGCAAAAAUGGGUAUGGAGAACGAUGACAGUGCUGUCCAGUACGCCAUUGGGCGCUCCGACACGGUCGCACCUGGCGUGGGAAUCGACCUGGAAUUCGAUGCGGAUGUCCAGACCAUGUCUCCGGAGGCAUCCGAGUACGAGACGUGCUACGUCACGUCCCAUAAAGGACCAUGCCGGGUGGCGACGUACAGUCGUGACGGCCAGCUGAUCGCCACUGGCUCCGCUGAUGCGUCCAUCAAGAUCCUGGACACCGAGCGGAUGCUGGCCAAAAGUGCCAUGCCCAUCGAGAUUAUGAUGAACGAGACGGCUCAGCAGAACAUGGAGAACCACCCUGUGAUCCGAACGCUGUACGACCACGUGGACGAAGUCACCUGCCUCGCCUUCCAUCCCACCGAACAAAUUCUUGCUUCCGGCUCAAGAGAUUACACCCUCAAACUCUUCGAUUACUCAAAGCCGUCUGCAAAAAGAGCAUUCAAAUAUGUACAGGAAGCAGAAAUGCUGCGCUCCAUCUCGUUUCAUCCAUCUGGAGACUUCCUCCUGGUGGGAACACAGCAUCCUACCCUCCGGCUGUAUGACGCCAACACCUUUCAGUGUUUUGUGUCGGGUAACCCCAUUGACCAGCAUACGGACACCAUCAGCGGCGUCAGCUACAACCCGACAGCCAACAGCUACGUCUCCUGCAGCAAGGAUGGCAGCAUCAAACUGUGGGACGGCGUCUCCAACCGCUGCGUGAGCACCUUUGACAAAGCUCAUGACGGAGCCGAGGUCUGCUCGGCCAUUUUCACCAAGAACUCCAAGUACAUCCUUUCCAGCGGGAAGGACUCCGUGGUCAAACUCUGGGAGAUCUCUACAGGCCGAACGCUUGUCAAAUACACAGGUGCUGGUCUGAGUGGCCGUCAGAUGCAUCGCACACAAGGCGUGUUCAACCACACGGAGGACUACAUUCUCCUGCCUGACGAGCGCACUAUUAGCCUGUGCUGCUGGGACUCGCGCACAGCUGAGAGGAAGAACCUGCUGUCUUUGGGUCACAACAACAUCGUGCGCUGCAUCGUCCACUCGCCCACCAAUCCCGGCUUCAUGACCUGCAGCGAUGACUUCAGGGCUCGCUUCUGGUACCGACGCACCACCACGGACUGAUGUGCACCUCGCAGUUAGUUUUUUGUUUACAUUCUAAAAAUACAAUGAAACUAGAACAACUCUCCUGACAUCGUAGUUCACCUUAACCCGACAUUCAAACACGUUUAUUUAGGACUUAAACGAUGUUCAUUACCAAACCUAAUACCAGUGAAGUUGGCACGUUGUGUAAUUGGUAAAUAAAAACAGAAUACCAUGACUUGCAAAUCCUUUUUAACUUCUAUUCAAUUGAAUGGACUGCAAAGACAAGAUAUUUAAUGUUCGAACUGCAAAUAAUCAUCCAAUUAGAAUUUAAUGUCCACAGUUUACAAAAACAAUUUGAAAUGUGGACUCGUCAGACCACAGAACACUUUUCCACUUUGCAUCAGUCCAUCUUGGAUGAGCUCAGGCCCAGCGAAGCCGGUGGCGUUUCUGGGUGUUGUUGAAAAAUGUCUUUCGCUUUGCAUAGUCAAGUUUUAACUUGCACUGACAGAUGUAGUGACAAACUGUAAUUACUGACAGUGAUUUUCUGAAGUGUUCCUGAGCCCAUGUGGGGAUAUCCUUUACACACUGAUGUUGCAUUUUGAUGCAGUACCGCCUGAGGGAUUGAAGGUCACGGCCUUGCUGCUUACGUGCAGUGAUUUCUCCAGAUUCUCUGAACCUUUUGAUUUUUUACAGACCGUAGAUGGUGAAAUCCCUAAAUUCUUUGCAAUAGCUUGUUGAGAAAUGUUGUUCUUAAACUGUUCGACAAUUUGCUCACGCAUUUGUUCAUAAAGUGGUGACCCUCGCCCCAUCCUUGUUUGUGAAUGAGUGAGCAUUUCAUGGAAGCUGCUUUUAUACUCAAUCAUGGCACCCACCUGUUCCCAAUUAGCCUGUUCACCUAUGGGAUGUUCCAAAUAAGUGUUUGAUGAGCAUUCUUCAACUUUGUCAGUCUUUUUUGUCACUUGUGCCAGCUUUUUUGAAACAUGUUGCAGGCAUUAAAUUUGAAAUGAGCUAAUUUGCAAAAAACAGCAGUUUUACAGUUCAAAAGUUAAGUAUCUUGUCUUUGCAGUCUAUUCAAUUGAAUAUAAGUUAAAAAGGAUUAGCAAAUCAUUGUAUUCUGUUUUUAUUUACCAUUUACACAACGUGCCAACUUCACUCGUUUUGGGUUUUGUACAUUAUUUCCUCUUUUUUGCCGACUCAUGUUUAUCUUUGAGUCCUUUACCAUGUUUGUCAAUAAAAAGCUUUUUUACUGCA